AUGCCGCACAUUUAUACAAGGGAUGAAAAAGUGGACAUGUUAAUUAUUUAUGGGGAAUGUAGAAAAAAUGCCGUUGCGGCUAGAAACCUUUAUGCCGACCGAUAUCCUGAUAGACAAUGUCCAGCGAGAAAUUAUUUUAAUCGUCUUGAAAAUCAAUUCCGAAGAGAGCCUAACCAUGAUCCCGAAGAAAACGUUAUCAUCGACGAAGGAACGGAAAUUAAUGUUUUAUUUCGAAUAGAAGUUGAUAAGACUGUUUCUUUAAGGCAAAUUGGGGUUGAAUUGGGAAUUAGUCACCAAACGGUAAGCCGAAUCUUGCACAAACAUAAUUAUAAAUCUUUCAAAUAUCAAUUGCACCAGCACCUGUACGAAAAUGAUCAUGAACGUAGAAUGGAAUAUUGCAAUUGGAUCUUGCAUAAUAAUGUGCAGCCAAACAAUGCUCUUUUGGGAAGGAUUUUAUUUUCGGACGAGUGUAGGUUUACAAAUAUGGGAUUAUUUAACCGACAAAAUACAAGGUAUUGGUCCCAAGAAAAUCAAAAUUUAUUGCGGGAGGGUAACUUUCAAGUGCGGUUCGGUUUCAAUGUGUGGCUUGGAAUACUCGGUCGUAGAAUCAUUGGUCCAAUAAUAUUUGAAGGACCCUUGACUGGUGCUAGAUACUUAGGAUUUCUGCAAAAUGAAAUUGAGGACAGUUUAACUCAAUUACCUGUCCAUUUACGACAGGGAAUGUAUUUCCAACAAGAUGGAGCUCCUCCCCAUAAUUCAAGAAUAGUAAUUGAUUACCUUCAACAGGCAUUCGAAGGAAACGUAAUUUCGACGAAUGGUCCUGUGCGAUGGCCUCCAAGGUCACCUGAUUUGACACCUCUCGAUUUCUUUGUUUGGGGCCAUUUAAAAAACAUUGUCUAUGCAACCGCCGUUACAACCCGCGAAGACCUGGAGUUGCGAGUAAGACGUGCAAUUAAUAGUAUAACGGCCCAGCAAUUAGCGAACGUUCUUCAAGAAACAGCUAUGCGAGUUCAGAAGUGCAUUGACGUUAAUGGACAGCAUUUCGAACAAUUGUUGUAA